ACAGUGAAACCUGUAUGUGUCUGGAGACAAUGGACUUCCUGGCUUCAAAGUUUCAUUGUUUGAGAGGAAGGAAUGCAAUAAAAAAUUAAGAUUUGGCUGCACAUAUCCUCAUUCUUUUUCGAACAAUCCCAAGCAUUUGCCUUUAUCACUAACUGUUAUUUCUAGGGUUUCUGAUUUCAUCAGGAGAUUCUUCUUCAACCAUUUCUUAGCAUCAUUCUUUUGUACCCAGAAAAAAGAAUUAAGAAAGGUUAUCAAGUCUACAACUUUUUUGGUUUUGGUUUAAUGGACCGCCUCCGUCCCAGAAAUAGACCACCAGUCUUCUCUGGAUUCACAAAGGCUGAGUUGGAGAAGAUGGAGAAAUUGUUCACAGAAUCAGGUGAAGAGGUGCUGGAUGAUGAGUUCUGUAAAAAGACUGCAAGAAGUUUUAAUCAUUCCUCUGGUCGUGCUGGCAAACCCAUAGUUAAAUGGACUGAGGUGCAAAAUUGGUUCAUAAAGAGGCAGCAAGAGGGCCCUCCCAGAGUUGCGUCAUCGACCAAUGCUUCAAAAGAAGGAGAUAGGAUCCCAGAUCUGUCAGAACUGGAAUUUGAAGCUAGGUCAUCAAAAGAUGGAGCAUGGUACGAUGUUGAAACAUUUCUCACUCACAGAUUUCUUAGUUCUGGUGAAGCUGAAGUUCGUGUUAGAUUUGUUGGGUUUGGGGCUGACGAGGAUGAGUGGGUUAAUGUAAAGAAGGCUGUACGAGUACGAUCUGUCCCCUUUGAAAAUUCUGAAUGCCACAGGGUGAAGGUUGGAGAUCUUGUAUUAUGCUUGCAGGAGAGGAGAGAUCAAGCAAUCUAUUAUGAUGCACGUGUCAUAGAGAUUGAGAAGAAAAUGCAUGAUAUAAGAGGCUGCAGAUGUGUGUUCUUGAUUCGGUAUGAUCAUGACAAUACUGAGGAGAGAGUUCGAUUGAGGAGAUUAUGUUACAUUCCUUGCAAACGCAAUAAAUAGUGUAUGCAAUGCCGCUACCUUUUACCAAUGUUGAGCUCAGAAUUUUGCCUUAUUACCUGAUUGUGGUAGAUAUUUCAGCUGAUGAUAGGGGUAUAUAUUAAAAUGAAGGGCAUUAUGGAUGUACUGGGAAACUACAGUUGAUGAAAUCUCGCUACCAUUAGCAAAGAAGUAAUGCCAGCAUCUACAUCUGGCUCGGUUUUACCUGCUGUUUUCUCUGGUAGUGCUUACUCUCAUGGCUUUUAUACCUUCUUUUUUUUUUCUCUAAAAAAAUAAUAAUAAUAAUACAAAAAGGAGAUUAUGUUCUAGUUGAUCAUUCAUUUAAAUGAGGUGGGAAAAUUUUCUUGUGAGAAAUAAAGGUAGUCGCACUGCCCAAUCUACAAGUUAUAUUGAUUUGUUUUGUCAUGUGGGGUUUCAUGUGCUAAAUAGAUAUUUAAAACUUAUGGCAUAUGAAUACUUAGUUUGAUAUACUUUGUAUGAAGAACAUGUUCUUGCAUAAACCCUUGGUCUGGUA